UUGAGGCAGUCAAACUGCAGGAUCUUGAGAACGCAACAGGCGAAACCAGAGCCCCGGGUGAAGCCACCCCAGUGGUCCACCCCACGGCAAAAUCAGAGUUUGAGAGGCAGCAGACCACUGCGUGUGUUAUCAACCAACGCGUGUUCACGUCCACACCACAACCGCAGGUUCUCUUGGAGGAAGCCCGGACAGCGAGUACAUCAAGCGAGAGGACUUGAGGAAGCUCCUCUUGCACGUUGAUGAAGACGAUGGGCGAUGCGAGGAGGGUCUCCCUGCUCCUGUGCGCGCUCUGCGUCGGCGCUUGGGCACGCGUGGACCUGCAAUCAAUAGACCUCCUGGGGCUGAGCGAGGCCAAGCAGAACCAGCAGGCGGUGGAGAAGAUCCAGCAUGCCAUGCUGUCCAUCAACGACCUCUACUUCGUCUCCACCUUCCGGCUGCAGUCGAAAAGCGGCGGCGUCAUCUUUGGCAUCUACUCGCGCCGCGAGAACGCCAAGUACCUGGAGUUCGUCGCCCUGGGAAAGCUCAACAGGGUGUCGCUGCGCUACCUGAAAGGCGACGGCAAGAUGCACACCGUGAGCCUGCAGAACGCGCCAUUGGCCGACGGGCGCACGCACUCGCUCAUCCUGCGCCUGUCGGGCCUGCAGGAGUCCGCCUCCAGCGCCGAGCUCUACGUCGACUGCAAGCUCGUGGACUCGGCUAGCGGCCUGCCGCCCAUCCUGGACGUGAUGCCUGAGCAGGCGGACGCGCUGGAGGUCCGCACGGCGCAGCGCACGCUCUUCCGCAACCAGCAGGGCACUGUCGACGACAUGAGGCUGGUGUUGGGCGGAACGUUGGCUCGAGUCGGAGCCAUCCAGGAAUGCUCCUUUCAAGGAGAUGCGGACAUCCACAACACCGUUAAUGGUGCCAACAUCUUAAGCGUAUCAUUGCUGGGCGAGCACAUGGCCCAGCUGGUGAAUCAGAUGACACUGUUUAACCAAGCCAUGCGGCAGCUGAGCCAGGACUACAGGUCACAGAUCAAGGAGACAACGCUACUGAGGAAUGUCAUCAUGGAGUGUCAAGCUUGCGGCUUCACGGACGGCGGGGACGCCCCGCGGUGGUCGCACUGCAGCCCCAACUCGUGCUUCCCCGGCGUCGACUGCACCGAGGCUCCCGGCUCGGCACUCGGUUUCACCUGCGGCCGCUGCCCCUACGGCUUCAACGGCAACGGCACGCACUGCGUCGACAUCGACGAGUGUAAGCUUGCCAGCCCGUGUUUCGCUGGCGUGCGCUGCGUGAACGCGGCGCCGGGCUUCUCGUGCGAGCCGUGCCCGGACGGACUGGCGGGGCCUCUUCUGCAGGGGGUCGGGGUGGAGUUCGCCAAGGACACCAAGCAGGUAUGCACAGACGUUGAUGAGUGUCAAGAUGGAAAAAAUGGUGGCUGUGUCCUCAACUCCAUCUGUGUGAACAUCGUGGGCUCAUAUCGCUGUGGACCGUGCAAAGCGGGGUACUCAGGAAACCAGAAUGUGGGCUGCCACCCCGGCAACACCUGCAACAACGGGGCCUUCAACCCAUGCGACUUGAACGCGCAGUGCCACGUGGAGCGGAACGGGGACGUGUCGUGCACCUGCAAUGUGGGCUGGGCUGGAAACGGCUACGUGUGCGGCACGGAUGCCGACAUCGACGGCUACCCAGACGAGGCCUUGCCCUGCACGGACAACGACAAGCACUGCCGCAAGGACAACUGCAGGUUCACACCCAACUCGGGGCAGGAGGAUGCAGAUGGGGAUGGACUCGGAGACCAGUGCGAUGAGGAUGCGGACGGCGAUGGCAUCAAGAAUGUGCAGGACAACUGCCGGCUAAUAGUGAACAAGGACCAGCAGAAUUCCGACACGGACUCUUUCGGCGAUGCGUGCGAUAACUGCCCCAAUGUGAACAACAACGACCAGCGCGACACGGACAGCAACGGGGAGGGCGAUGCCUGCGACAAUGACAUCGAUGGAGACGGAAUCCCAAACAUACUGGACAACUGCCCCAAAGUGCCCAACCCUCUCCAGACGGACCGCGAUGGCGACAGCGUGGGGGACGCCUGUGACAGCUGCCCUGAAGUCAGCAACCCCACUCAGACUGACAGCGACAGUGACCUGGUUGGGGAUAUCUGUGACACCAACCAAGACAGUGACGGGGACGGGCACCAGGACACGCGGGACAACUGCCCCAGCGUGCCCAACAGCUCCCAGCUGGAUACGGACAACGACGGACUGGGCGACGAGUGCGACCACGACGAUGACAACGACGGCGUCCCCGAUUACCUGCCGCCCGGCCCAGACAACUGCCGCCUCGUCGUCAACCCCAAUCAGGAGGAUAAUAACGGUGAUGGCGUGGGCGACGUAUGCGAGAGCGACUUUGACAACGACUCGGUGAUCGACCGCAUCGACGUUUGCCCCGAGAACGCCGAGAUCACGCUCACCGACUUCCGUGCCUACCAGACGGUGGUGCUGGACCCCGAGGGGGACGCGCAGAUCGACCCCAACUGGGUCGUCCUCAAUCAGGGCAUGGAAAUUGUCCAGACUGUGAACAGUGACCCGGGCCUGGCAGUGGGCUACACGGCUUUCAACGGCGUGGACUUUGAGGGAACCUUUCACGUCAACACUGUGACGGACGAUGACUACGCUGGCUUCAUCUUUGGCUACCAGGACAGCGCCAGCUUCUACGUCAUCAUGUGGAAGCAGACGGAGCAGACCUACUGGCAAGCGACGCCUUUCCGCGCCGUGGCCGAGCCGGGCCUGCAACUGAAGGCCGUCAAGUCCAAGACGGGGCCCGGCGAACGGCUCCGCAAUGCCCUCUGGAACACGGGUGACACGGGCGACCAGGUCACACUGCUGUGGAAGGACCCGCGCAACGUGGGGUGGAAGGACAAGACAUCGUACCGCUGGCACCUGGCUCACCGCCCGCAGGUUGGCUACAUCAGGGUGAAGCUGUACGAGGGCCCGGUGCUGGUCGCCGACUCUGGGGUCAUCAUCGACACGACGAUGCGAGGUGGACGACUUGGAGUCUUCUGCUUCUCACAGGAGAACAUCAUCUGGUCCAACCUGCGCUACCGAUGCAACGACACUGUUCCAGAAGACUUUUCAGCAUAUCGUGCCAUGCAAAUUCACUUUCCUUCAUAAAGCCAAGAGAUAAACUGGAAACGAGCCUGUGUAAAUGACUAACAAUUUUUGAAACUGAAAAAAUACUUAAUGAUCGUACAAUUUAUUCCUUUGUGUUGACAAAUAUAGGAGCAGUUGAAGUGCAGGACAUGCUUAUUUUGUUUUUGAAUGUGGGAUUUGUGGAUGGAAUUAAACGUUGUUUUACCUUAUUGUAUAAAUGCUUUUAACAUUUAGUUACAAUUUUACUGUAAUUUAGAAUUAAUAUUGUACAGCUGAUAUUGCAUUUUAAUUUUUUUUUACUUUGACUUGUAAUAUGUGUUCUUGAAUGGUUUCUUUCCCAUUGUUUGGGAAAUUAUCUGAUGAAAAAAAUACAUUUAUACAGUCGUUUUAUGAAACGGAGGAACACACGCUGGAACCUCCAUCGUUCUACCUUGCAGAACGGAGCGGGUUACAUCAAUGAAAUGUACAUAUAUGAUGUUUUUUUUUAAACGUGCAUAUGACGUCGACAUUUUGAAACAGCUACAGAAAGAUUUAACAUGUGCUAUUGUGUGUGUGGAAGUUAAGUGCUAAAAGGCGGUGGAUGGAUGGUUCGGGGGUCGGUGGAAACUGGAGGGGAAAUAGAAGUGAUGGGAAAGUAGUGACGAUAAAGAGAGACGUAGAAACAGAGCUAAGUAAAUGUCAAAUAGAAACAACACGCUUGGAGGGAAUGUCAAAAUUCAAUCGAGCUCACGAAUUACAUAUCAUUUGUAAUUAACAUUCCAUCCCCACUCAUAGGGGUGCCAUGGUGGCGAGAUGUUACCUACCUCGCCUGGUAUGCAGGAGGUCGUGGGUUCAAUCCUCGACCCUGAGGCCUGUGUAUUUGGAGUUUGCAUGUUCUCCCCGUGGUCGUGUGUUGCAAUUCGAUUUUAUUAUUCCCCGGUAGUCAUACCGAAACGGCCAUUUUUAUUGUUUACAAGACUUUUAAUAUACCUCGUUUGUCAGAAUAAAUUGAGGUGACCUAUAGCAAAUGAGUGAUAUGUAGUUUACUUAGAUGAUUCAAUCAGCAUGAAUGAGUGAAUAUCACACACUUAGGAAUUAGCCAUUCUGAAGCUUAGCAACAACACUUCAGGCAGCAAGCCGUAGCAAUAAAUGCUGGCUGCAACAUUGACUGUGGGCUCUGUUCGGUUGAAGAAAAGUUGUUCCAAAAUAAAAUCUGACUAAAUGAGCAAGUUGACGAAACAUGUGCUUGCAGAUUGCAAGCGGACUUGUUCACGCAAUCGUACUGUGUGACCUUUGUGACCACAUUGCUUCAAGUCAACAAGUGACUCCGAGUUGAAGUUUGAGAGAUUUAUAGGAGUAGGCGUUCACGUUGCUUUAACAUUGUAGGUACGUUGCUUCAAGACAAAACGUCGGUGCAAAAAUCUAAAAAAUGGUCUGAGCCUCCAAAAGGGGACGUUCUAUGUGCGUUUAAAGGAGAUGCCAGCAGACACCACAUGCAGUGGUGUGCUUGUGUGUGCCAUUGCAAUUCUCACAAGUUGACAGCCAUGCAAUAUUUACACAGAUAUGUGCUGUUAAUGCUGUUGGUGCUAUUUUAAUUGAUAACAUUUUUUUUUAGCUAUUUUAGUGAACACCAUCAUGUCAUUUGUGAGCACAGAUGUUAGAUUUGUUUCGUGCAUAAAUUAUAUCUGCAGUUUCCAUGAGCUUUAGAAACAACCCAUUAACAAGCAUCAAGAUCCAAAGGACAUCAGAGCCGGUGAAAUUGAUGGUACCACUCCAAGACGAAACUUCCUCCAGGCUCCGAAACGAGCUUGAUUGUCCUCAAAGGUUUCCUCUGUCAGUCUCUCUGAGAAUCCGGCCUCACGUCUCCCCCUUUGGUUGCUGACCUCUACCUGUCCACCUCAUUGUUUAUCUCGGUCAUUUCACCUCCUCGAUCCAAUACAGGUUCCUCGCCCGUCAUAUGUUUCGCUUCAUCAUUGAGUCCACAAUGCUCUGCCACAUUAUAUUCUGAAUGCCAACGUUUCAUUGUAUCCUUCACCUGCCGUGAAAUUGUUAAAUCCUUCUGUACUGGAAUGACCGAAAGCCUAUGUCCCAGUUGGUUAUAACCCAACUCUCCGACCCAUUCGUAUCACUGACAUGUCAGAUAUCUACUGUCUGCUCUUAUUAGCUGCUUUAUGUCGUUCAUUAAAAAACACGUCUCUGAUGGUAAAUUCACUUCAUUUCCAAAUACUACCCAAUCUCCUGAAUAUUUUGGUCAAUUGGCAUUUAAGACCAUAUGCAGUCUGCAGUUUUUAGAGACGUGGACACAUUUUUUUUUCCCUGAAGGAUUCAUCAGUGUCACGACUGCGGAGAGAAUUAUGUGGGUGAUUCACGGACAUGCAGUACUGCCAGUGAGCUCCACCUUGGGUUAUGUAAUUUCAGGUGACAUAAGCAGGUGGGUAAUGACUGAUUUAAUUGAAGAGAAGCAGGAACGUGGAGGUGAUGAGAAUGCGCCAAUGGUUUUUGGGUUUUUCCCACCCUGAGGCAGCAGAAUGUCCUGGCUAGAAAGCAUAAUUCGGUGGAGCACUGCUUCUUCACCUGACUUGAGGCCGUGGCAUAUUCCUGUCUCGAUGUGACACAAAUUCAGGAACAUAAUUAAAAUGCAUUUGAAUGAAACAUCAGGGCGAUAAACUGAAACUGAAUUAGAUUUAUGACGUUGACCUUUUGUUUCUGCCACUUUUCAGGUUUCCGUAGUUUCUCUGUGGUCUCCUCGCUUUUGUAAAAAUGGGUGGAAACAACUGUCUAGAGCUGGGAAUAAUAUAACAAGCUAGCGAGUCCCCCGAAAAGCACAAAGCAAUACCCGUGCCUCAUCUGCAGAGAAAUGCCCUCCGCAUACAUAUGGUAUAGUAAUGAACGACAUUUGUCACUUAACAGGAUAAAAGUGAUAAUCACAGCAGUGCCUACUAGCUAUAAUUUAGUUACGCGUAAUUUGCAGUUCCAUAGGGUUACAUGACGGCCUUCAAAUAAUUCAUGCUGACGUGUGGCUCCAUCUGCAAGCGUGUACGCAUAUAAAAGUCAUUAUUUGUUCACGCCUGAUGGUUUAUAAUUGUCAAUCCGGUGCUUUUUCACGUUUUUAUAGUUCAUCAGUUCUAUAGUCUACUCAAUAAUUGAAAACAAUUGGAUAGUAUGUGUUUAAAACAGCACGUGUUUAUUACUGCACUGCAGUUCUCAAAAGUGUAAAUUCUCACUUGUAAAUAGAAAACCUCACCCCCCCCCCCCCAUAUCUCCACCCAACACUGACACAAUACACAGCAACUCUGUUGCUUAUAAAUAUUUGAUAAAUGCAUCAUCACCCUCGUUAUAAUGUCCCUCAUCUACACGUAAUGUGCUGUAUGCUGGAGCCUGGAAUCGUCGAAACAUUUUACCAUUUUACAAUCUCUAGAAAUGUUAUAAAUGUUCUAGUUUCAUUUGACCAUUCGUGCUGAUUUUCUUAACGCAUCCUUUUGAUUGGGAGCUUUCCGUCAUGACAAUGACGUCUUGGCACCGGGGUUAUAAAGAAUCCAAGCCAGCAGCCCCUGCCUCCAUGACUGGCUUGCUGCCAUUGAAUCAUUCUCCUAAACAGACUCCUCUCAAACCCCGUAACAUGGAACUAAGGUAACACUGUCCACGAUCUCAAUUGGCACAGAGUGGAUUGCAAUUCAGUACAUAUUGGGCAGUGCAAAAGUCCUACACUUAUUUCAUUACUCCUAAGUUGGAUAAAUUACUGCAUGAAAUCGUUACCCUUUCAAUUGACAUUUUACCCAUUGUAAUGUGUGUAUACUGUCAGAACACGUGGCAAGGAGGAUUAAUGAAAGCAAUGAAUGCAUCAGGUUCAGAUCGAUGAUGAAGGCCAAUAUUGUAACUUUAUCAAACACGAUGACUAUUGAUUAUGCUUAAUAUGAAUUGUAAAAUGUAUGUUUAUUACAGGUGCUUGCAUUAUAUGAUAUUUCAGGGUUAGUGUUGAAUUUAAUAAUUCAAUGCAUUCGGUUGAAUCACACCAUGCAAUGCAAAUAACAUGUGUACGUGCUUCGUUUGUAAUUUGAAAGAUCAUGCACAUUUUUAUGAGAAUCUCACUUCUGACAUGUCUUUAAGAAAGCACAGUAUGUAUAAAUGAUAUUGGG